AUACCAUUCUCACCACAGCAUUGAUAUUGUCGCUCACAGCAACAGCGCAACGCCUGUCCGCACUGAUUUACGAUCUAUCCCAUGUGUUCUUGAAGGAAGACAUCAUAAUACGGCUCUGGUCUGAGGGUUUGAAAGCAAAAGCGCAAGGAAUCAGGCUUCAAUAUGGCUCCGGUAUGUUCUUCUCGUCAAUAUCUUCUCAAAGGCCCAGAGACAGGCAUGAGUACACCGCUCUGUUACUAUGCCACACCUUCCUUCACUGUGCAUUAUGCUUCUUUCGAGCUUUUUUGGCCGGUACCUUGGCACUCUGCCCACAGAGAGUGGCCUCAAAGCCUUGCCCAUUCUUUGUCGACGUUUACCAUUCCGGAGUACUACACCAUACAAUCACCACAACAUGGCUCCUGGCAAGCGUUCGGCCCGCUCCUUCACUCCACGCGCAGCGCAACCCGCUCGGCGUCGUGCACAAGGUCCUCCUCGUCCUCACCGACCAAAUCGCCACGUUGCUCGAUGUCGCUUUUGCGCAUCGGAGUUCGAUGACAACAGUAGCGUCUACCGGCACUGUCAAAGCCACCACCAAGAUGUUCCUGAGGUGGCUGCCGUCCUUGCUGCUGGGAGAAAGAGUGAUCGCAACUGGGCCGUCCCCAUCGGCACACCAGCCAACAAUGCGGGUGGAGCGGUGCAUGCGCCAGCGCAGCAUCAGCAGCAACAACAGCAACAGCAACAACAGGCGGCGGCGGUGGCGGCGGACCAUGGCAACGAUGUUGUCGACGAGCCUGUGAAUGGCAACGAUGACCAGUACCAGGGUCUGUCUGGUACUCAACAACCACCACAACAGCAGCAAGACAACGAUGAUGCGGAGGACGACGCUGCUUGCAUGACAUACACAUAUCCAGAUCCAGAGGAGUGCCACACUGGGGUGUACCGACCAAGAGAGGGUCGUUGAUAUUGGCAUGUGUUGCCUGAACAAUGGAACUGGAUCUGGACAAUCACCAAUUGUGAAUUCUGCGACUUGCUUGUGAUGCGUUCCGUUCGAUUAUCUUGCUUCCAACCGCGUUGACUCGUGCUUUACUCCGCCCUCACAACGCGUCCACAAUGACUGGUCCAACCAACGCGCCUCCCAUGAGGAAAACUUAUCUGGUACUGACUGUUCACGAAUCGUGCCCCUUGCUCAUCGCCUGUCUCUUCGUCGCCGUGAAAUUUGACUCUAC